GUUGGGUACUUGAACCUUUCAGCCCCAAUCCAGCACACCAAAUCACUCCCAAGGUCACCUGUUCAAAUCCCACCUCACUCACAUUGAUUCUGUGCAACUACUGUACAAGAUGCGAUUGGUUGGGCUGAUAGUCUUAGCAACACUGAAACAUUGUGCCGGUGUGGAGCCACCAGAUGAAUGUCUGACAUGGCACAGAACUGUCUGUGUCCGAACAGAUUUGAGCUGGAAAGUCAAUGGGAAUACUGCAAAUCUUCACUGUGAUACUUGUCAUCAUGAUAGCCCAUCAUUUCAACGGAAGCCCUGCCCCAGGGAUGGGGGCAUCCUGGAGCCAAUGUAUGGCAACCGCCAAUGUGCGUACUGUGGUUACAGGGUUGAGAAAGGUGCCCACUCAAUGAUUUGCAAAACCUGCAAUUUGUCCCCAAUAGAAUAUACCCUACAAAGGAAGGCCUGCGACCAAUGUGGAAGGAGACCUCUCACCAUGUCAGAGAUUGUUAAGAUAUACGAUGACAAUGUCCUGCCCAGAGAUAGAAACACCUACAGAAUAGAUCGGCCCUUUGGAUGAAUUCAAUGCCAUCAGAAGUCUCAGGAUCAUAUGAACAACAAAUUAAAUUCUGUAACAUCCAAGUCUGAUCAGAAACAAGUUACAACCCCCCCCCCCCUCUCAUAAAAAACUCAAACAAAAAAACUGAAGCAUAAAAAAGAAAACCAAAACCCAAAAAA